UUUAGCCUGUUAGUUUGCCAUUUUGUGACGCCUUCUGUGAAAAUUCGUAAACAGAUUUUGCUUUCCUUGCCUGCGGAGGGACAAGAAUUAUGUCGAAAAGGAGGAUCGAGGUUGUGGAUCCGUAUGUUAAGCGGAAGGCGGAUGGCUCGACAUCUAACAGCACGACUGCACCUUCAACAGCACCAAAAAACCAAGUUCAACUCAAUCCUUACAAUGGUCUGCCUUACACACCAAGAUAUCACGAAUUUUACAAAAAAAGAAUCACAUUACCCGUAUUCGAAUAUCGUACUGAUUUUAUGAGAUUAUUAGCGCAACAUCAAUGUAUCGUACUCGUUGGGGAAACAGGGUCAGGUAAAACCACACAGAUACCACAAUGGUGCGUAGAAUAUUCAAGAUGUAUUGGCAUUAAGGGUGUUGCUUGUACACAACCGAGAAGAGUAGCGGCUAUGUCUGUAGCGCAGAGAGUUUCCGAAGAAAUGGACGUCGCAUUAGGUCAAGAAGUAGGAUAUAGUAUUCGUUUCGAGGACUGUAGUUCUCCGAAAACUGUUUUAAAGUAUAUGACAGAUGGUAUGCUUCUUCGCGAAGGCAUGUCCGAUCCUAUGCUCGACGCGUAUCAAGUGAUACUACUAGACGAAGCUCACGAAAGGACUUUAGCUACAGACUUACUUAUGGGCGUGUUGAAAGAAGUGAUUAAACAGAGACCAGAUUUAAAACUUGUGAUUAUGAGUGCGACUUUAGACGCUGGAAAAUUUCAACAGUAUUUUGAUAAUGCACCUUUAAUGAAUGUACCUGGCAGAACGCAUCCUGUUGAGAUAUUUUAUACACCCGAACCUGAAAGAGAUUACUUAGAGGCUGCUAUCAGAACAGUUAUUCAAAUACAUAUGUGCGAAGACAUAGUGGGAGACUUACUUUUAUUCUUGACCGGUCAAGAAGAGAUCGAAGAAGCUUGUAAGAGAAUCAAAAGAGAAAUGGAUAAUUUGGGUCCAGAAGUAGGGGAACUUAAAUGUAUACCACUCUAUUCUACAUUGCCUCCAAAUCUUCAACAAAGAAUCUUUGAACCAGCACCACCUACAAAGCCUAACGAUGCUAUAGGUAGAAAAGUAGUAGUUUCAACUAAUAUUGCAGAAACAUCAUUGACCAUCGAUGGUGUUGUCUUUGUAAUAGAUCCUGGAUUUGCAAAACAGAAGGUAUAUAAUCCCAGAAUUCGUGUAGAAUCUCUUCUCGUAUCGCCUAUCAGCAAAGCUUCUGCACAACAAAGAGCUGGCAGAGCUGGUCGUACAAGACCCGGAAAAUGUUUCAGAUUGUAUACAGAGAAAGCGUACAAAAAUGAAAUGCAGGAAAACACUUAUCCAGAGAUAUUGCGAUCAAACCUUGGUAGCGUUGUAUUGCAACUGAAAAAACUUGGCAUCGAUGAUUUGGUUCAUUUUGACUUUAUGGAUCCUCCCGCGCCAGAAACUCUGAUGAGAGCUUUGGAGCUUCUUAAUUAUUUGGCAGGGCUGGACGACGAUGGAAAUCUAACAGAUUUGGGGGCUGUGAUGGCUGAAUUCCCGUUAGAUCCUCAGUUAGCGAAAAUGCUAAUCGCAUCUUGCAAUCAUAACUGCAGUAACGAGAUACUUAGCAUUACUGCUAUGCUUUCAGUCCCACAGUGUUUUGUGAGGCCAAAUGAAUCAAAGAAGGCUGCAGAUGACGCUAAAAUGCGUUUUGCGCACAUCGACGGGGAUCAUUUAACGUUGCUGAACGUGUAUCAUGCUUUCAAACAAAACAUCGAAGACCCACAAUGGUGUUACGAUAAUUUCGUUAAUUAUCGAUCCUUAAAAAGCGGUGACAACGUCAGACAACAGCUGAGCAGAAUAAUGGACAGAUUUUGUUUGAAACGUACCUCAACGGACUUCACAUCAAAAGAUUAUUACAUUAAUAUCAGAAAAGCGCUUGUGAACGGAUUCUUUAUGCAGGUUGCUCAUUUAGAAAGAACUGGCCAUUAUUUGACCAUUAAAGAUAAUCAAAUUGUACAGCUUCACCCGAGUAGUUGUUUAGACCAUAAACCAGAAUGGGUAAUUUAUAACGAGUUUGUGCUUACGACGAAAAACUAUAUCAGAACAGUUACCGAUAUCAAACCCGAUUGGUUGCUAAAGAUAGCACCACAAUAUUAUGAUUUACAAAAUUUCCCACAAUGCGAAGCAAAAAGACAAUUGGAAGUGAUUCAAGCGAAGCUAGACUCGAAACAGUAUCAAGAAGGAUUCUAACCUCUAUGUAUUUUAGAUAUUUUCAAAAAUGACGCCAAACGGUUGAUAAUGUGUGGUCAGUCUGUUUUUUUUUUUUCGGCAUUACGCCCGACACACAGUUCUUUCAAACAUAAUACCAAAACAUUAAAUGUUUUGAGUAACAGUCGAAAGAGUAGCUAUCUACUCUGUACCUUCACUUCAAUAUGUAAAGAAAAAGACAAAUUUUAAUGAACGUUCAUAAUUUCGUACAAGCUUUAACGACUUGUGCAUUUUUUAGACUCGUGUGCCGACAAAUUUCUUAAAACAUUUGUAGACCUCGUCCUAUCCUAACAUAAAACGAAACGAAAAUUGACAUUUAAUCUGCUAGAGGCACGUGAAAGGUAUAGUUGAUUGAUAAAUGAUUUAUUUAUGUACAUUAAAGAAAAAUUUAGUGAUUAAGUAAUUUUAUCAGUAGAAUUUGUUGAUUGACGUUUGCACACUUGGAAUGUAAUACUAUAUAAAAGAUAGAUUAAUUUUUGUAUUCAAUGUUGAACAAGUAUGCUGAAGAGGAUGCAUACAAUGCUUGAUCAUGGGCAAUCGAAGGUCAAUGACACUUUAUAGAACCUUCAAAACAAAUUGUAUCCGUUUAAAUGUUUUUCCUUGCAAAUUUAAUAGCAUCGAUUUACGGGUUAUGUUUCACACGUUUUCCAAGUACGUACGUACAAUUAAGAGCAUUAUAUUUAUUACGAUUGUAAUGUGCAAACAAACUAGCCACCUUAUGGAAUAUUUUCAUUUCCUUUAUAAUUAGCGUAGUUGCACCGUCACAAUAAUUUCACAGUAAACGUUCGCUGCAAAAACAAACGGUAUUACAAACAGUGAAAGGAGCAGUUAUAAAGAAAUGGGAAUAAUACCAUGAAUUAUAAUACGAAAGAUAUUUUAAAAGAACACGCGGUAGGUUUGGCAAAAAUCAAAUUCUUAUUUAUAAAUAUCUAGCAUAAUAGAAAUUGCAAUUCACUCUUGUUGCUAAGAAAGAACUUAACACAGUGUUAUUAAGUUCUAUUUACGGGAGCAUAACACGUUGUUACACAAGCGAACGAUCGUUCGCUAUCUCUGAUCUAGAGCAUCGCAUGCGUUUAAAAAAAAAACACCGGUAAAUUUUCUAGCUUAUUUUAGAUUUGAAAAGAUAUAGCAGUUUGUGGAAGUCGCGUUCACGCUACGAAAUUAAUUUUGUUUCCUAAUUAAGAGUACGGUCUCGUUGUUUACGGGU